AUGGGCCUGGAAGGCAUCCCCCGCCUCGUCGGCGCCGCCGCCGCGCCGCACGGCGCCGCGCCGCUGCCCCUUGUCGCCGAGGCGAUGGCCGCGCUCGACGCCCUGUCGCUCGGCCAGCGCGAGGCGCUCGCGCGCGGCGGCGUCGUCGACGCGAUCGUGAACGUGCUCCGCCUGCCGGCCGGCGGAGAGCUCUCGGCCCCCUCCGCCGCCGCCAAGGGCGGCGGCGCCGCCGGCGACGCCGUGGCGGCUGCGGCGGCGGCGCUGGCGCUGCGCGCCAAGGCGCACGCGUGCAAUCUGAUCACGGUCCUCGCUUUCGACAGCUCGCUCAAGCGGGCGCUGUAUCACAAGCACGCGGUGGGGCCGCUGAUGGUGCUGUCUGAGGGCGUGGCCGAGGGCACCGCGGAGGAAGCUGCGGUGCAGUCGGCGCUGCGGCAGAUGGGGCUCGGGUACCUCGCUCCCGCGGCCGAUGAGGCGGCGUGA